AACUUGUGUCGCUCUUCUUUGGGAGAGAAAAAAAACGAGAAGAAAGGAAAGAAAAGCAAGGCGAACGGGAUACGUAGACGUUGGCAGCAAGCUGAUGUCACGCCGCCUAUGCCGGCACCCGCUAAACGAGCUAUCCAAAGCGCAUCGAGUGAGGCGUGGGGUCUCUCUGCCCCAACUGGUGUGCUGAAGGGAGGACUUAGGAAGCGAAUGCAUCGAUGCACAUGCAGUCAGCAAGCUCGGACGGGCCAGCCAGGCCUACCGUACGCGCGCGGACUGUGCGGUUGGGAAAUAAUCAGUCCCAGGAUGCCUCUCGGCACGAAGCCACAGAAGAUGAUCUGUCACAUCACCCUUCGCCAACUGACGCCCAAGGGAAAACGCGGCAUCUAGCUGUCCGAAGCGCGCCGAGAGUGGCGCCUCAUGGGCAACUAUCUUCCCCACAGCGGCGGGGAUGUGCUGAUCUCUCUACUAGCUCAGAUUCAUACGACACUUUCCUCACACCGCCUGGAUUGUCAGGUUAUCUUCGUUUUCAACCUUCCAAUAAGGAGAAAAAAGAAACCAGCCGCUUCGGCAUCACGCCAUCAACCCCCCUCUGGGCUCACGUGUGUGUUGAAUGCGACUGGCGGUGGGAGGAGGGCCAGUGUCUACGUAGGUGCUCCGUGGCAAUCAAUCGAGCAGUCACAGCUGCAUACCGAUGCUAUCACGGUACAGUCCCUGCAUCGGCGCGGGUCAGGAAGACUGGCCGCAACCCGCCCGGCUACUGCGUCAUGGGACCACGGAUUUCGCCCCCCGUGUGUCCAGUGCCAGACGAUCGGAGCCGACGAGGGGCGGGGAUUGGCAGCAGCGCGUCGUCCCCUACGCUACUGCGACGGGGAUACGCCCACGCAAUCCCUGGUUCUCGGAACGGGGCCAUCCGGCGGUCGACUAGUCCUGGGCGGCACGCGAGCGCCGCGGGUCCUCCCGCCACGCGGGCUUCGCUAACACACAUACAUCGUCUUCAGUUGGGCCGCAGGCCUGCAGCUUCGGGGGCGAAGACACCUAACCCGGGGCGUAGGCGCGACCACGCGAACGAGGGGAGGCGACUUGGUUAUCGGGCGUAUCGCCCUCGUAUCGUCUCAAAGCUCGCGAGCGACAUUUGCCAUCUGCGAAUCAGCACGAGCAAGAGGAAUAGUCGAGAGAAACACAACGCGUAAAAAAAAAGAAGGGCGAGGCAAGCGAGAGAAGAGAAGAGAAAAGAAGAGAAAACCCUGAGAAAUCAUGCUGUCAUCCCGUCUCCCCCUAGGCCAUGACUGGCGCGUCCCCUCCCCUCGUCUUCUCCUUUCCUGGACUUUUUUUUUCCUGACCAGAGUGAUGUCUUUU